CAAGGUUCUCUCCCAUACGCAGAACUCUUCGUGGUCGAGGUCAUUUUUAUCAGUAUCGGUGUUUUCAUCGACGUUGAAUGAUUAAGCUUUUGUUAAUUAUUGUUGCGGAAGUAUGUGAAUAACGACGUCCUUUGGAAGUUAGACGACAUGGCAUGUGCUGUGGCGGUGGACUCACCUGUCCGUGCACCUAGAGACAAAGUCAAUGUCAAACUAUUUAUCACUUCAUACACAGAUGAAUUCUUUGCAGAGAGAGACAUGCUAAGAAAGGAUGUUCUUACAGAGCUGCGUGCAUGGUGUGAGAAGAAAAGGUUAAAUCUGCAGGAAAAUUUUAUUAAAUGGGGAGGCAGACACCCUGACAAGCGGGAUGUAGCAGAAUUAGAAAAGAUGCAGACGAGCAUUGAGAACUGCUACUACAGUGAUAUAAUGCCCAUCUUCAUCAACAUCACAAGUGAGUCAUUAGGUUGGGUUCCAAUGUGGGGAGAGUAUGCUGAUGAAGUUAUAGAAGACUACCUUGAGGCUUAUGGACUUCUGGUUGAAGAUCUGGAGCUGUUAAAAAGUGCUUACAGGGAUGACAAUAGGAACUCCAUAUUCCUUAUACGGGAUGAUUCUUUCCUGGAACAAGUGCCUGAGCAGGAAAGGUCAUGUUUCGUCCAAAAGACUUCAGCUUCCCAGAAAAUCUGUGGCCCCAAUGAUAUAAUUUCUCAAAAAUUCCCUAGCUCUCGCAUCAUUGCCUACGGUUGUGAAUACAGAGGUGUUGAUCACAAACGAAGACCUUUGUUAAAGUUUAGUGAUGAUCUGAAGCAGAGGGUAAGAGAGUUUUUACAACAGAGAGUCCGUUGUGAAUCCUGUGGGGAAGAAAGCAUGCUGGAACACCCGGAUUGUUUUGCCUUGUCUGCACACCACAGCUUUCUUAUUCACAAAGCCCACAGUGUUCAAGGAAGGGAAGCCAUGGUUCAGAAGAUACUAGAGUACAUAAGUCAGGAGGACCGAGACGUACCCUUGUUGCUACUGGGUAGCCCUGGAUGUGGCAAAUCAUGUAUACUUUGUCAAGCUGUCAUGGCAACAUUGGCAAAAGUUGAUGAAGGGCGUUUAGUGGUGCCUGGGGGAGGUAACAGAAAAUGGCAUGUCUUUUAUCAUUUUGUUGGUGCAAUACCUGGCUCAGCAUCUUUAGAGUGUAUGCUCAAACGACUGCUCCGGGAUAUGGACAUGGCAAAGAAUUCCAACAUGCCGAAGGAUCUAGACUCAGCAUCCAUGAUGUGCUGUAGUAUAUUGUCAAACCCUAACACCAAACCACUCAUAAUUUUUAUUGAUGCUCUAAACCAGUUCACGGAAGAAAAUACAGCUCGUGUCAUCAGCUGGUUGCCUCGCAAGCUUGCUCCACAUGUUCGGUGCAUACUGACAAUGAUAAAUGACACAGAUGUGCACCGUGCAUUAGUUGCUAGAGAAACCAAGCCUAUCGAGUUGAUCAUCUCUCCGUUGGAUUUGGACUCACGCAAGAAAAUAGUGCAAGACAUGCUGGACAAAUAUGGUAAAAGAUUCUCAGAAGAACAGAUGGCAAAGCUGCUAGCCAAAGAAUCAUCGGAUAACCCUUUGUGGCUGUGUGUGGCCUGUGAGGAGAUACGACACUUGGAUGAAAGUGUUCACAUUGAUGAAAAGAUUGCUGAACUGCCAGAAGGACUCCUGAGCAUACUUGACAGGCUUCUGUGUCAGUUAGAAAAAGAAACUGGUGGCGAACUGCUUGUAGCAACAUUGUGCCUCCUUGAGGCAUCAUCAUCAGGCCUCCUGGAGUCAGAGCUGCGAGAACUUCUGGCUGAUGAGAGUGUCCUUAGACCACCAUCACCAUAUGAAGAAAAAGAGGAGAAAGAGACACAAGAGAAAGAAGUAAAAAAGAAGAAGCACGAUUUACUGUCAGAACAGAAGUGGCAGUGGAUUUUUACGCGACUACAACCCUUCCUGCGACCAUAUGGCGACAGCAAAGACGGCAGGCUUGACUUUUAUCACAGGGCUCUCAGCAAAGCUGUAAGGAAGAGAUAUUUCACCGCAGAAGCAUGUGAAAAUGAAAAGAGCGAGCGGACAAUGGCCUACAUCUGGUGGCACCGCAUGCUAGCAGAAUACUUCCAGAACUCUGACAACUUAGAGAGGCGGGCAGAAGAGUGGCCUCACCAGUUGUUGUGUCUUGAUGACAUUUUCCACCUGUCUGCUGCCCUGUCUCAGUGGUCAGUGUUUGACAGGCUGUACCAUGAAGAGUACAGCUCUCAACUGCUAGCUUACUGGCGUAAGGUUGGUCCUAUUGAUGAGAUGAUUGAAAGCUAUGAAACAGCCCUUUCCCAGUUUGAGGAGGAUGAUUCCGUGAAUGAAGAAGCUGUGUCUCUUCGCUAUGAGAAAGUGUGUCGUGUUGUAAUCCAGGCUGGCAAGCACUAUGAAGCCCUGGAGUUGCUGAAGACAGCCAUGAAGAUAGAGGAGAAGGAGCUGGGGGCCAGACCACAUCGCAUGGUGGAACUGUAUGCUCUCAUGUCUGAGAUAUAUGAUGAGAAACUGAAGCUGAAUGACUUUGUAUCACCCAGUCAGUUACCAGACUUACGAAAAACCAUAUAUUAUGGUCGCAAAUCUAUUGCCAUUCGGAAAACUCUUCCAGGAAACUACCAUAGGUUCAAGCUGGCUAUGAGCUUAAUGAAGCUAGCUUUCAACAUGGAAAGUUGGGAAGCCUGUGGAGGUGGCCCUGAGCUUACAGGAGAAGCAGCCAUAGUGGAGGGGAACAAGUACAUUGACAGGGCCUUGAAAAUUUUUAUGGAGUUAAAUGACAUGGGUCACUAUGCUGAAGCCCUCAUGACAAAGGGUGUCCUGGCGCCCAGGGGCAGCAUGGAGCAGCUGAAGCUGUAUAACCAAGCCAUGGAGCUGUGCAUGCAAAUGUAUGGUGAGUAUCACAUUCUCACCUCCCGCCUGUACAUCAACAUCGGCAUUGUGUACGAAGAUAAUAAUGACUACCGCAAGGCAUAUGCCUACUUCAAACGGUGGGCGCGUGUUUCUGAGGAGAUCCUUGGGCCAGAACAUCCCAAAACUCAGCGGGCUAAGGGAGUGCUGCGUGAAUCUCGCUAUCGUCGUAUUGCCCAAGACCUAGGUGAAUGGGAUGCCUAUGAAGAUGACAUUGAUGACAACAAUGAGGAUGACAAUGAUGGCGAGGAUGGAGAGGAUCAAGAGAAUCCAGACAUCGAACACAACUACGAUGAUGUAGUCAAUGUGGUCAAUGUCCAGAUGCUGACAUCACAGGAUGAGGCACAGCUAGUCUCCAACGUGUUAGGGGAGAACACCCAGGCUGGGCCACACACCUUACUUCAUGUUCUGGGUGCUGUCGUCCCCAACAGCACCAGCACCGAAGUUGCAUCAUCUGAUGUUUCUGGUGCAGACAAUGGUGGGGAGAUCAUGAACGGGUACUUUGAGGAGGGAGCCAACCAAGAAGAGGAGGAUUCCUCAACCUACGAUGAGCACACUGACAGUGAGAACUUUUAUGACGACAACUUUGAAGACUAUGAUGAGCACUACAUUCUGAACUCAGAGAAUGGACCUGCAAUAGAUGAGUUCAAUGUCAAUCUUGAUGAUGAGGACGAUGACUAUGAGAUAAAUGAGUUGGCAACAUUGAUGCUAGAGGAUUUUGAUAACCGCUUUGCAUCAGAUAGCCAUGAGGAGGAGGGGCCUGAUGAAAGCAUGACGUCCACAUGAAAGGAUAGAUUGUUGAAGGUUCUAUUCAAUUCUGGAUGGAAAGGAAAGGUGUAUGUGAUGAAAUACCUCUUGGUGCCCUGGCAAAGGGGUAACAGGAAACCACAAGUGCAAAAUCUGAUGAUAUUUGGCUGGUUCAAAGCAUCACAUCUUCAGGAAUUUUUUUAAAGUGGCAUUUAAAGAGAGGAUCUCAGUGAAUGGCCCGUCUAAGUGCUCACAUGUGUGUUCAAGAGCUUAACAGUAACAGAAGCAUGCUGAGACCUUCUGUUAAAGACACUUUGCUUUUUCUUUUUUAUUUUAUUUUUUUAUCAAAAGAACCAACCUUGUGUGAGCGAAGUGAUAAUUUAUCACAGGAAAGAUAGGGGUUGUGGAUUGAUGUGAAGUGGUGUGACCCUAAGAGGUUUUAAGCUUAGAAUCUUAAUAACAAUACUUAUGCAUAGUACUGUUUAAUUACAAGGUGUAAGUAGUAUUCUCCACUACAUUCUAGCAAUUUGCACGUCAGUAACUGCAUGUGUGAGAGCUGAGCAUGUAAGGGAGACUGUGACUGUUGUUGCUGCACAAAACCAAAAGAAAGCUUGCAAUAAAUUUUCUUGAUUUGCAUUUCUGUCACUUUUCAGAAACAUAUUUUUACACAGUCAAGUUCUCCAGCUGUUAAUUUUUUUUUUGGAAGUGUGCCAUGUGUUAUUUUACCUGGAUUUCUGUUGUGUUUUUCACUCUUAUCUGCAUAAACUGUUCAAAAGUACCUACUGUGAAAAGUUGCAGCUAAAGAAGAGUUAUGAAUAUGUGUGUGGAAAUUGAUGUUUUUAUGUGUUAAUAUUUACUUACAUUAUUGAUGAAGUAAAAAAUCCCUUUAUUUAUAAAUUCCAAUCAUCCAUUGCAGUCAAUCAUAAUUUUAUUUCUCAUAUAUUAAAUUACAUAUCGUGCAUGUUUGUUUAAAAUGUCAAUUACUGGUUGCUUGGGUCAAAGAUAUGUUGGGAUUCUGGAAACAACAAAGGUGUCUUUGAACUAUUGACCAUUAUUUACUGACAUCAGAAUUCAUUGUAUUUAGCUUCACAAAAAUUAUUUUAACAAACAGAGCACAUGCUUUGACGGCAAGGUUAUAUUAAUACAUCUAGUUGAAAUUUCUCAAUACGCAAAACUAGUUUUUGAAAACUUCCAGAAUCUUGUUUUGGAUCUACAUUAUCUGAACCACCAGGGAUGAUAUUCAUGCAAUUAAGCUAUUGAGUAGGCAGCUAGCUGAUUAAGUUUAACCAACAGGCAAACCCAACUGCCAAUAUAUGACCUACUGAAUAGGUGAACCAAUCCACUUGAUGAGAAUUUCCUGGAAAAGUAUGUGAAUGCUCGUGUUGUUCACUAAACUAUGAGGUAAGAAGAUUACACUUAAAAAUUAAAACAUUUAACGAAAAAGACAUCAAGAACGCUGCCAAUAAGCUGUGAAAAGUCAAAUUUAUCUACUGAUCAGAUAUUCUUAGAGCAAAUAUUAGACAACAAAAUGUUUGAUUUUCAUUUGGAAACCAGAAGUUUUUUUUAGGGCUUCUGCUAUUAUCAGAUUUUCUUUUUUGUAAUUAGGUAGGCCUAUCCUUGGGCCAUUGAAUAGGUGAUAGCUACUGCAGGUACACAUUUAUCCAGGGUAGGGCAGGCUAUCAGACUUGGUAAAGGAGCUUCAUGAAUCCUGUUUGCAUAAAGAUUAGUAGCAGCUGCUUAUUUUGUGUUGGUUGUAUUCUUGCCUCUUUCUGCCAUCCUAAGCUUUGGCAUGCAGUUUUAGAAGAGAUGGCAUUUUACAGACAAAGUUACUAGCAGUAGUUUGUCUACAAAAUUUAAAUCAGAAGUUUAUACAGUUUUAUCCCAGCACAAAAAAGAUAAACAAAACACAAACUGGCAGUGGGGUAAACAUUUGUUUGGAGUCAGGUACUUCAUACGGUGGACUACUCACCAGAGGAACACUACAUAAGAAAAUCUUGUUAGAUUCUUGGAUGCUUCUCCCCAUGUUUUUUCUUGCACUCAUUUAAGAGUGUCUUUAAUUGACAGAUAUUUAGAGAUGUGUGACUAAGGAAAAUCACAGUAACAAUGGUAUACACAAUAUUAGACUGCCGGUGUUCGGGGGGUAUUUUUGGAGGCGAGCUUACGCAUCCUGCCUACAGACAGAACACUUGAACUCCCUCCACACCCCCGCCAAUUUUUGAAAAGAAAAAUGAGAACAAUCUUAAUAGCAAAAGUACUGCUUAUUAUUUCACCAGAUUUUUUAAAAUGUGCUGGCAUAGUGUGUUGUAACAUGAUUCUUUGACAUAUUUACUAUAAUGUUAGCGGGACUUUUUUUUAAUUUUCGGAGGGGAGAAGGUAGUGGUAGGAAUAGAGAGCUGUGAUCUCGUCAGACAGCGACAGUCUCACGUCUUCUCCCGAUGUGACAUCAGACGGCAUUUUGCAGGGAGCGCAGUAUUGGACUCUGGCGGUUGGUGCCUGUCGCAAGGGAUUGUGGAUGGAAGAGGCAACAGCUCUGAAACCUAGUGUGUUUAGGAACAUUUGACUGGCGCUGGGAAACUCGGUUGUGCAAGUACUUUCUCGUCUGCUCCAAGACUGGCAACCUAUAAACCAUUGUUGGCAAGCAAGAAAGAGUGACGGGUAAAAUGGAGAAACAGCCAUGCUUAGAAAAAUACGUUGCUGUGCAACAAAAACGCCACAGGACCUGAAUCCUCACAUGACUUAGUCUGCAGACGAAGCCUAGACUUGCCUGCAGCUGCCGCAGUGAAGUGUCGGUGUUGUCGUGGUCACUCCGCUGCUGCAACUGCACACAGUGCGGAACCGGCGAAGUGUAAGAGUGUGUGCAAUGCUUGGAAAGACUUUUUCAUUUGUUUUAUACUCCGUAAAUUAUGUGUGAAGUACCGCGAUGGAGGUUAACGAACGCUAAAAUGAUGUGGGCAUUUGCGCAAAAAAAAAAAAAAAAAAAAAAAAAAA